CUGGCGACGGCAGAGUCGGUUGCGCCGCAGCGUCUGGUCAGUUGCACCUUCUGGGUCACUGGUGGCCGCGGGAGCCGGGUGGGGCCUCGGCGAUGAUCCGGCAUUAAGGACCUGGAGUCCUCUUCUAUCUCAGGUGGUUUGGGGAAAGUGUAGGGGCGACCAACGAUCAUCUGCUUGCCUAGGCCUUUUGCCCGGAACCUCAUGAAGAAAUGAUAGGAGGCAGACAUAUGUGCCUAAGAAGAGCACUGAGCUCAGAGGAGAGCAGCACGGAGUUUUGGGGGUGUGCUUUGAUUUGUGUACAUCAAUGGCAGAAUCCUCCAGCGAUUCAGACCACUUCCGCUCUCGUGACCGAUUGAGUCGAUGGGCUGCCAGGUCAACACACAGGGAAAUGCGAAAUCCUACAGUAGACGUCACCAAGAAGGUCAACACUAUAACAAGUACUUUACAGGAUACCAGUCGGAACCUGCGACAAGUAGACCAGAUGCUUGGACAGUAUCGGGAAUAUAGUAACGGACAGGCGGGUGCUAUAGAACACUUAAAAGAAAGCUUGGAGCAAUCAAUAGGCCAACUGCGGAGUCAACGUUUAUUGAGAAACUCAGGAGGGAGAAGUAUUUCUGUUACAAGUCUGAGUGCAAGUGACCUUGAUGGUGGCACUGUGACAGAGAGCCACCGUUUUCCACCUACCUCACCUCUCAAGGACUAUGGGGAUCAACAGGGCAUUAAACGAAUUAGAUCCAGAACUGGUGUCCGAUUUGUUCAGGAGACUGAUGAUGUGGGCCAGCUUCAUGCUUUUCAUCAGUCCCUCCGGGACCUCAGCAGUGAACAAGUUCGCCUUGGAGAUGAUUUCAACCGCGAGCUGGCCAGAAGAAGCCGGUCGGAUGCUGAAACAAAAAGGGCUUUGGAAGAAUUGACUGAAAAACUAAAUGAAGCCCAAAAACAAGAAGUGGUUUCAGAUCGGGUGGAGCGACGGCUUCAGGAAAUAGAAAGAGAGAUGCGCACGGAAAGAGAGCUGGUGGAAAGACGUCAGGAUCAACUGGGACUUAUUUCUUUGCAGCUACAGGAGGCAUUGAAGAAACAAGAAGCUAAAACAGAUGAGGAUGAGGGAGUAAUGAAAAAUAAGCUAAGACAAACUGAAACUGAGAAGAGUCAACUUGAACAGGAACUGGAGCUGUCUCGAAGGUUAUUGAAUCAGUCAGAAGGCAGCAGAGAGACGCUUUUGCAUCAGGUAGAAGAACUCCGUACACAACUUAUGAAAGCAGAAGGCGAUCGAAAGGGUUUACAACAUCAAGUAUCUCAGAUUUCCAAGCAACAGUCAAACCAUCAGGAUGAACAAGGAGAUGACUGGAGGUUUAGGAGAGGGAUUGAACGGGAAAAAGAGGAUCUGGAGAAGCAGAUGUCAGAUCUGAGAGUGCAGCUGAACUUCAGUGCAAUGGCCUCCGAGGUGGAGGAGGUGAAGCGGUGCAUGGAGCGAAAAGACAAGGAGAAAGCACAUUUGGCAGCACAAGUAGAGAAUUUAACGCGUGAAUUGGAGAACAAGGAGAAACAGCAACUACAGAUGUUGGAUCAGCUUAAGGAGAUCCAGAAUCACUUUGAGACGUGUGAGGCCAAGUAUAAGCAUGCUGACCUCCAGAUCUCAGAGCUGACUCACCAUGCUGAGGAUGCAACCAAACAGGCCGAGCAGUACCUCAUCGAGUUCCAGCAGUCAGAGGCCCUGAGACAGGAAGCAGAGAAGAGGAGAGAAGAGCUGAAGCUGAAAGCUCAGGAGUCCAUUAGGCAGUGGAAGCUUAAGCAUAAGAAGUUAGAGCGAGCAAUGGAGAAACAAUCGGAAACUCUUGGUCAACUGACAGACAAGAAUAAUCAGAUUCUAAAAGAAAAGGAUGAGUUGAAAAACCAGCUUUAUGCAGCGUUACAACAAAUGGAGAAUCUUCGGAAAGAAUUAGAUGAAGUCUUAACCAAGCGUGCCCUCCAAGAGGAGGAGCUUCACUGUAAGGAGCAGAAGCUAAGUGAUGUUAAGGCGCAUCAAGCUGACCUUGAACUAGAAGUCAAGGAUUCCGUGGACACCAUCAGUAGGCUAGAAAGUGAACUGAAAAAGCAGAAUAAGAUUCAAAGCCAGAUGAAAGUUGAGAAAACUCACCUGGAGGAAGAAAUUGCAGAACUAAAGAAGAGCCAGGCCAAGGACAAAGCUCAACUUCUUGAGAUGCAAGAGGCCAUCAAGGACUUGAGUGCCAUCCGGGCAGAUCUCGCUAAUAAGUUGGCCGAGGAACAGAGAGCCAGGAAAGAGGUGCUUAAGAACCUUUCUGACCUCCAGACACAGGCAAAAUCCCGAGAUGAAGAAACAACUACAAUCAUUACACAGUUAAAGCUAGAACGAGAUGUUCACCAGAGGGAGCUGGAAGAUCUCACAUCGUCAUUGCAGAGUGUGAAAACGAAACACGAACAAAAUAUCCAGGAGCUGAUGAAGCACUUCAAGAAAGAAAAGAGCGAGGCUGAGGAUCAUAUUAGGACACUGAAGGCAGAAAGCUUAGAAGAUAAGAAUAUGGCUAACGUCCAUCGUUGUCAGGUAGAGAAGUUGAAAUCACAGUGUGACAGGCUGACACAGGAAUUAACCCAGAAUGAAAAUGAGAACAAAAAACUGAAGCUAAAAUAUCAGUGUUUGAAGGACCAACUAGAAGAAAAGGAAAAACAGAUAAGCAAUGAAGAAGAGCACUUAAGGAGGAUGGAAGAGGCUAGAUUGCAGCUCAAGGAUCAACUUCUUUGUCUGGAGACUGAACAGGAAUCCAUUCUUGGUGUGAUAGGAAAGGAAAUUGACGCUGCUUGUAAAACCUUCUCCAGGGACUCGAUGGAGAAAUUGAAAGUUUUUUCAUCUGGUUCUGAUAUUAAUUGUGACCCACAUCGCUGGUUAGCAGAAAGCAAGACUAAACUUCAGUGGCUUUGUGAGGAACUGAAAGAGCGAGAAAACAGAGAGAAAAGUCUGCGGCACCAGCUGAUGCUGUGCAGACAACAACUCAGGAAUAUGACCGAAAACAAGGAAUCUGAGCUCCAGUGUCUCUUUGAACAGAUAGAAAGACAGGAGCAGCUUCUGGAAGAAAUACAUCGGGAGAAGAGAGAUCUGCUGGAGGAGACCCACAGAAAAGAUGAAGAAAUGGAAUCUCUGCAGGACCGUGUAAAUGCAUUAGAAACGAGUACCCGAGUGGCCUUGGACCAUCUGGAGUCUGUGCCUGAGAAACUGAGCCUACUAGAAGAUUUCAAAGACUUCAGAGAUUCCUGCAGUUUAUCUGAGAGAAUUGAUGGGAGAUAUUCUAAAUACAGAGGUCACAGGGAAUCUCUUCAGCAGCGCCGAGAUGACACCAAGUACAGAAUCAAAAGCUUCAAAGAUGACAGAACCUUUGCGGAAAGUUCCCAUGCUCAUGGGUUAGGUCACUCAUCCUCUUGGCAGGAUCGCAGUCACUUCCUGUCCAGUCCACGAUUUUCACACUUGAACUCAUUUACCAAAAGAACUGUUGCUCCAGAUUCCCCUUCGAUCAAGGAAGAUGCCACAAGUUUACUUACGGAUGGAACAAGUCCACAAUCCAAAACGGAGGAAUACGAAAGCAAAAAAAGCAAAAUGUAAUUAAUUGCUUUACGUGAAUGUUUUACAAAUAAUAGCCUAUCCUUGCUGCAAUUUGGCCCAGAUUAUCUAUCAGCCAUAUCCGAAGCUUCUGCUCUUCAGCGUUGCCAAAUAUGGACUAAAAUAACAAUACAGUUGAUCUUUGUAAAUGAUAUAAGUUAAAACAAUCAAAGUAAUAUCAGCUCAUGAAUGACAUGCAGCUAACUUACUGACAACUUAACACCAGCAGAGAAAGAGUGAUAUUUUUCACUUUGCAUUUUCCUUUUUCAGGGGUGGUCAGUCACAUUUUUCCAACCAAAAUUUGGAUUUAUAAUUGAGGUCUUUCAAAAAUUACUGGCUUUCUAGAAAGGAGGAAAAUGAGUUCCCCCUGAGGCAGAAGUUACCAGCACUUUAGAGUCAGAGAGUGUUUAUGUACCACUGAUUUUUUUUAAAAUGCUUUCUCCCUAAAUUAUCAUGUGUUGUAACAUGUCAUGGAGAUAUGCACAUAUAAUAUUAGACAGUCCAUUUUAUAAAUGCUCAGGAUUGUUACAUCCAUCAUCUCAGCAGUUUAUUACUACCUGUAGUAUCUUAAAAUUAUUUCCAAUCAUCCAUUUUUUACAGCAAUAAAGGAUUUACAAAUGCUAUCUGAAUUGUAGAGCAUGGUAAAGAAUUCAUAGCACAAUUUAUUUAUUUGUCUUUUUGUGGCCAAAUGUCCCACUGUGGUUACUUCAGUCAUAUCCUGCAUCAUCUUUGCUUCACUCUGAUCAAAAUCAUACUACCAAACUCCUGUGUCCGUGAGAUUUACUCUGCAAGAGUUCUUGUAUAAGUUGAUACUAUCGAUCUACUUUGAGCAUUUUAGCCUUUCUCAGCAUCAGUGUCUGUAAGAACUUAUCCUCUACAUGCUGAUCUACCAGUGGAGAAAGAUUUCUAUUAAAUGCUAGAUUAUAGUAAACAUCCAGAAACUGAAUCCCACUGGCCAUGAUGGAAAUAUCCUGCACAGGGACAAGGACAAUAAAACAAUACCUUCAUAAUGUGCAUUACAUUUUGUCUUUGUUAAAGUAUAUUUGCUUGUUGGAUUUCUCAUAUUUCAUAAAGAUGCUUCUAUUACCACUCAAGAUAUGUUUUCCUAACUUACCAUAUUUUGAAAGUGCAGCAGAAGA